AUGACAAUAUGCAACAACUUGCGGUUUGCGCUGUCUUCUGUGACCUCAUGGUGCUCGAUUGACGGUGACUUCGACUACACACUAUUUUGGCAAAGCAUCGUAGACUUCUUCAAAAGGCCCCCUGGUCGAACAGCGCAGCAGAGGGUCAAGCGACUCCUGGCAUGGUGGACGAGGUGCAUUCUUUAUACACUCAGCAGUCCUUAA